AUGAGUGGACGGGCCCGCGUGAAAGCUAGAGGCAUGGACCGUGGUCAAAGCGCCGGAGAAGUAGGGAGCACACAGGCCUCCCCAUCAUCUGCAUCUGUUGAUCUGAAAGACAAUGACACACCUACUAGCAGUGGACGCAUGGAAACAAGCGAGAUUUUACCGAAAAAUAGAGACAGUAUAUCAUCUGGGGAUAUUGGGUGUGCCCUCAUGAGAAGAGAUGGGAGAAUCCAACCGGGAUUCAUGGAUUUGGGUGUCUGUACCCGAGACAAACUGGCACAUGUGAGAGAUUGCAAAACAGGUUCUAGUGGAAUACCUAUGAAAUUGGUCACAAAUCUCUUUAAUUUAGAUUUGUCCCAAGAUUGGCAGUUAUACCAGUAUCAUGUCACAUUUGUUCCAGAUUUAGAAUCUAGAAGACUGAGAAUCGCUUUGCUUUACAAUCAUAGUCAACUUUUCAACAAAGCAAAAGUAUUUGAUGGUGCCAUCCUUUUUUUGUCACAAAAGCUAGAAGAAAAGGUCACGGAAUUGUCAAGUGAAACUCGGAGAGGCGAGUCUGUGAAGAUUACAAUCACUCUGACGAGGGAGCUCCCCUCGAGCUCCCCUAUGUGUAUCCAGGUUUUCAGCCGCAUCUUCAAAACGAUCUUAAAAAAGUUAUCCAUGUACCAAAUCGGACGGAACUACUAUAAUCCUUCUGAGCCAGUGGAAAUUCCCCAACACAAGUUGUCCCUUUGGCCUGGGUUUACCAUUUCUGUGUCACAGUUUGAAAGCAAGCUGCUGUUUAGUGCUGAUGUAUGCUAUAAAGUCCUCCGGAAUGAGACUGUUCUGGAAUUCAUGACUGGUCUUUAUCACAAAACGGGCAUGUCUUCCUUCACGCAGGCGUGUGAGAAAGAACUGCUAGGACUCAUUGUCCUUACAAGAUACAAUAAUAAAACUUAUCGCAUUGAUGACAUCGAUUGGUGUGUGAGACCUUCAGACACCUUUCAGAAGCGGGAUGGCACUGAGGUCACCUACGUAGAUUACUACAGGCAGCAGUAUGAUAUUACUUUGUCUGACCUAAAUCAGCCUGUGCUUGUUAGUCUGUUGAAAAGCAAGAGAAAUGACAAUAGUGAAGCUCGGAUGGUCCACCUGAUGCCUGAACUCUGCUAUCUAACAGGGCUGAGUGGCCAUGCCGUCUCUGAUUUCCAGCUGAUGAAGGCUAUGGCUGAAGUAAUGCAUCUCAGUCCUUUGAACAGGCAGCAGCAGUUGGCCAGACUUGCUGAUGAUAUCCAGAGAAACAAGGAUGCACGCUUCGAACUGGAGACCUGGGGACUGCAUUUUGGAGGCCAGAUGUCUCUGACUGGUCGUGUUGUGCCUUCAGAAAAAAUAUUUAUGCAAGACCAUCCAUGUCAGCUAGUGUCUGCUGCUGAUUGGUCCAAGGAUAUGCGAAAUUGCAAGAUCUUAAGUGCACCAACUUUGAAUAAAUGGUUGAUUAUCUGUACUAACAGAGCUGAAAAUGUGAACGAGAGCUUUCUGAACUGCUUGAGAAGAGUUGGACGUUCCAUAGGAUUCAAUGUGGACUACCCUAAAAUCAUAAAGGUACAAGAAAAUCCAGCUGCAUUUUUUAGAGCUAUACAACAAAAUGUUGAUCCUGAUGUUCAGCUGGUGAUGUGUAUUCUGUCUUCUAAUCAGAAGAGCUACUAUGAUUCCAUUAAAAAGUACUUGAGCUCAGACUGCCCAGUGCCGAGCCAGUGUGUGCUUACUCGCACUCUGAAUAAGCAGGGAAUGAUGAUGAGUAUUGCCACCAAGAUUGCUCUGCAAAUGACGUGUAAACUCGGCGGGGAGCUCUGGGCUGUGGAGAUACCUUUAAAGUCCCUGAUGGUAGUCGGUAUUGAUGUCUGUAAAGAUGCCUUCAACAAGGAAAUGGCAGUGGUUGGCUUUGUGGCUAGCAUUAACCCCAGAAUUACCAGGUGGUAUUCCCGGUGUAUCCUGCAGAGAACAACAACCGCUGUUGCAGAUUGCUUAAAAGUUUUCAUGAUUGGAGCACUCAACAGGUGGUACAAAUACAACCAUGAUUUGCCAGCACGGAUAAUUGUGUACCGUAAUGGUGUGGGGGAUGGACAGCUAAAAACACUUAUUGAAUAUGAAGUUCCCCAGUUGCUGAGCAGUGUGGCAGAAUCCAGCUCAAAUGCCAGUUCCAAACUGUCGGUGAUUGUGGUGAGGAAGAAGUGCAUGCCACGAUUCUUUAUGGAAAUGAACCAUGCUGUGCAGAACCCGCCACUUGGUACUGUCGUGGAUUCAGAAGCAACCCGUCCUGAUUGGUACGAUUUUUACUUGAUCAGCCAGGUAGCCCAUCAGGGAACUGUUAAUCCUACCUACUAUAAUGUCAUUUAUGAUGACAAUGGUUUGAUGCCAGACCAUAUGCAGAGACUUACAUUCAAACUGUGCCACCUGUACUACAAUUGGUCGGGCUUAAUCAGUAUCCCAGCACCUUGCCAGUAUGCACAUAAGCUGACCUUUCUGGUGGCACAAAGCAUUCAUAAAGAACCAAGUUUGGAAUUAGCCAAUUCCCUCUUCUACCUAUGA